AUGGAGGAACCUUUUUACAGCUUUGAGCAGGAAGAUUCCACUUCUGAAUUUCCCUUCUGGGACCAGGCAGAUCCCAACAAUCAGCUCCAAACACAGCUAGAUAAAUUCCUAUUGGACUGUUCCUCCCUGUCAAACCAGUUGUCCCCCUGGUCAUCCUUUGCUUGCCAGCCCCUGGUACCUGAUGACCCUCUCUCCCUACUAGAUGUCACUGGAGGAGAGCUGGGGCUGGAGCAGAGUGCUGAACUGGACAGCUCCUCAUCCCAGCUAGGGCCCAGCACGCCGCCGCUGAGACGUCCCAGGCACUUCCCACCUCACCCCUACAAGGUCCAAAGACACGCUGCAAACAUCAGGGAGAGGAAGAGGAUGCUCAGCAUCAACUCUGCCUUUGAUGAGGUCAAGUGCCAUGUACCAACUUUUCCAUAUGAAAAGCGCCUCUCCAAAAUUGACACGCUACGGCUGGCCAUUGCAUACAUUGCUCUGCUCAGCGACAUCCUCCUCUCUGGACAUCAUCCUAAGUCCUAUGUGGAGCAGUGCCUGAAGAAUGGCUCUCAAGGCCACCACCAGGCAAUCUGGAACACAAGUGAUCUGACAGCCCACCUGUCCUGGGUAAAGUGGGAUUAA